ACAAGGACACAUCCAGCGAGGGGCACUUGCUCUGUGAAAGCAGCUAGCUGUGUGCACUGCUGAGCUAGAGGCAUCCAAGACAGGCAGCGCCCAGGCUAGACCAGCACCUGGGGCAGUGCCAGCCACGGGACUGGACGGCCGUGGGGAGAAGGAAGUGGCACCAGCCACCGAGGGGUUCUGCCAGGAUGCCCGGCCACAACAUGUCCUGGAUCCAGUACCCCAGUCACGUGUCCACAGCCGUGGAGGACAUCAUCGCAGCACAGGGCCUGCUUGCAAGGUGCAUACAAGUCUACAUGGUCCUGUGUAUCCCGCUGAGCCUGGCUGCUGGGCUUUUCAACCUGGCCACUUUCAUCCGACGCCGUGAUAAGCUGGGCAGCCUGGACGUGCUCCUCCUGGCCCUCACGGUCACCAACCUGCUGGCCACAAUGCUGUCUUUCACCGUGCUCAGUAGGCCAGACUACCUGGCCGUCACCCACCUGUGCUGCGCGGCUCUCUCCUUCCUGGCUAACCUGUGCUACUUCUACUCUCAGUACCUGCAGCUGGCCAUGCUCUUUCUGGUCCUGCUGCCAGCGCCAGCCUGUCGGCCCACCGCAGCCCUGGCAGCCCUUGGGGGCUGUGCACUUGGCAGCUCCCUGGGGGUGGUGUCCUUGCUGGGCAUGGCUGGGCAGCUUCAUGCCCCCACUCUGUGCCAGGUGGACCCUCUGACUGCCUGGCCUGAGUAUGAGAUGGUGAAGUUCAGUCUGGGUUUCGGGUUGGCCUUACUCCUGGAGCUGGUCCUCUGCGCCUUGCUGGCUGCCCGGCUGGCCCAGCGGGUGGUCAGAGCCCCGCAGGCCACAGCCUCAGCCCGCAGCGUGGUUCUGGCUGUGGCUCUGAUUGCAUUUGCAUGCCGGCUCUUCUACAACGUGGCGCUGCUGCAGCGGGCCAGGCACAAGCUGCAGCGGGCUCUGGGCUCACCAUGGGACGAGCUGCUCGUGAACCUGGCGGAGCUGGUCCUGUUUGGCGAGAGCUGCGGCAGCUCACUGGCCACCCUCCUCCUGCACACCCCCUGCAGGCUGGCCCUGUGCCGUGCCCCGGGGCGCCUGGGCCAGUGGUGCCGAGGGGCUGGCAGGCAGAAUGGCACAGCCUUGAAGAGGGCAGAGGGCUGAGGAGGCCCACACAGGGGCCACUCGGUCUUGCCUGCCAGCACCGCACACAGUGCUUGCAAAGUGCUUGCUGACUUGCUUCCUGCCACCCCACUUAGCCAAGGAAACGGCUGUGCAGGCACAGCCCAAGCCCACAGCCGCACCCCGAAUCAAGGACGCAGGCAGGCUGCGAAGUGUACGGCUGCCGGGAGAGGGCACAGGGCCUUCCCGAGCUGUCUGCAGUCCUGCGAACCAGUUUCUGUCCCUGCCACAAACAUUCAUUCCCAGCCUGAUGACGGCAAGAGCUGACCCCUAGCUCAGCUGUCAGGGAGACUUAGAAGGGUCAAGUGCCUUGCAGUCUGAGGUGUAAGGUUUGCUCGGACAAAGUGGCCACUGGGCUACAAUGCUGACCGGCUGAUGAGACAGCAACAUUCCCGCAGCCAGAGAUCACUGUGCCACCAGCGAGGAGGACAGGACUUCCAGCCCACCUGGCACCAGGAGGCCACCAGGCUGCAUUCCGUUUCCUCACCAUCGACCCCCCUCCAGAUAAUAGGCCAGACCCAGCCCACCGGUUCCACUAGUCUUGGCUCCCUUUUCCCACCCAAGACAACUUAAAAGUCCCUUUAGUCUCUCCCAGGGCGAGGCUCUCCCCAGCCUCACCUGAGGUUUGCACAGCCCCCCGGGGAGUGUCCCCCAAUAAACUUCUA